AUGGCUUCGAUAUUUUUCUUUAUUCUAGCCAUUCUUUUGAGUUCGAGAACUUCGGGAGCCACAUCUCGUGGUGGGGGGCUCUUUGAAGCUUCUGCCGUUGAGAAACAUGAGCAAUGGAUGUCUCGGUUCCAUCGCGUUUACUCACACGAUGCUGAGAAAGCGAGUAGGUUUGAGAUUUUUAAGAAGAACUUAAAGUUCGUUGAGAGCUUCAACAUGAAAACGAACAAGACAUACAAGUUGGAUGUCAACAAGUUCUCCGACCUCACCGACGAGGAAUUCCAGGCGAGGUACAUGGGGCUGGUUGUGCCGGAAGGUACUUCAUCACUGGAUUCCCACAAAACCGUGUCAUUUAGACAUGAAAAUGUCAGUGAAAUCGGUGAGAGCAUGGAUUGGAGACAGGAAGGGGCCGUUACACCGGUUAAGAACCAAAACCCAUGUGGAUGUUGUUGGGCUUUCUCGGCAGUGGCAGCAGUGGAAGGCAUUAUGAAGAUUGCGAAAGGAAACCUCGUAUCGCUGUCUGAGCAACAACUGUUGGAUUGCAGCACAGAGAACUAUGGAUGUAACGGAGGGUUAAUGGAUAAGGCUUUCAAUUACAUUAUAAACAACCAAGGAAUCACCACAGAGGAUAGCUAUCCUUACCAGGAAUCACAACAAACCUGUGACUCAACUCAUUCUGCUGCUGCAACCAUCAGCGAUUACAAGACGGUUACCCAAAAUGAUGAGGAAGCAUUGCUUAAAGCGGUGUCUCAACAACCUGUUUCGGUUGCGAUAGAUGGGUCAGGAGCUGCGUUUAAGCAAUAUGACGGCGGGAUAUUCGAUGGAGAGGACUGCGGGACGAACCUGAGUCAUGGAGUUACCAUUGUUGGUUAUGGGAUGAGUGAAGAAGGGAUUAAGUAUUGGUUGUUGAAGAACUCAUGGGGAGAACAAUGGGGAGAAAAUGGUUACAUGAGAAUCAAGAGAGACGUUGAUUCGCCUGAAGGAGCGUGUGGUCUGGCCAAACUUGCUUUUUAUCCAGUUGCUUGA